AUGGUUGAGAAGACGAGGAUCAGGAAAGAGGAGGUGGUGACCAGGGAGUUCACCAUCAACCUCCACAAGAGGUUGCAUGGCUGCACCUUCAAGAAGAAGGCUCCCAAGGCCAUUAAGGAGAUCAGGAAGUUUGCCGAGAAAGCCAUGGGAACAAAGGAUGUGAGGGUGGACGUGAAGCUGAACAAGCAAAUCUGGAGCAAGGGAAUAAGGAGUGUUCCAAGAAGAAUCAGAGUUCGCAUUGCACGGAAGAGGAAUGAUGAUGAAGAUGCAAAGGAGGAGCUCUUUUCCCUUGUCACUGUUGCAGAGAUCCCUGCCGAAGGACUCAAGGGGCUGGGCACAAAGGUCAUAGAGGAGGAUGAGUAA